AUGGUGCACACCUGCACGGGUCACCUCAUCAGGAACCACUUGGCCAAAUCGGUCAGGGCUUUUAAAGGGGAAGGCCCCUUUGCCCAGAAGAGCUUAUGGAAUGUGUGGGCGAAGAAGUAUAGCAGCGAGGCGUCCCCCCUGGUGUGUGGGGGGAGUUAUGCUGCAGGAAUUCCCAGCUGGACGGGCUCCACGAGUAGCAGCAUCUGUGCAGGUCAUCGCGCACCCUUUACAGGCCACCACACACCCAUUACAGACCACCGCACACUCCUUGCACCCCACCGCAGAGCCAUAACCAGCUGCAGUGCCACCCGCUUGGGAAAGCAAACCAGCGAUGAGAGCUUCUUCGAAGGGGAACACCUAAAUAGAAAAUUAGGGGGUUAUGGAUACCCCAUGAUGUUUAUCGUGACGUAUGAUCGACCCAGCUGGCAACCAUUUUGGGAAAACGAAUACGAGGUCAUCCCAAGAGAUGAAUUCGGAGUCCCAGCCAGUAUCCCCCCUGAGGUCUCCACACACAUCAAGCACACCUACUAUGUACCUCCACAGUUCUAUACCUUCCUCAAAAAAUUAGCUGAUGAUACAGAAGACCUAAAGCCAUACAUGCACAAACUUAUCCGAGGUGAAUUCACCUACGAUGAUUAUCAAGAAAUGUUUUACAAAUUUGCAAAGCCGCUCAAAAUUUUUAGGAGCAAGAUACCCUUGCCGUAUAGGACUGCAGAGGAGAUGUCGAAGGAGGAGGAAAUGAAAUGGGAGUCAGCUUGGUAUACGUACCGACAGAAAAUGCUAGCGGAGUAUAAUGUCACCAUGUGCUUGCGUGAGUUUAUUCUCUACAUGACCGUGGGUCUGUACUUUGCCUACUUGUGGCUGGACGCCCUGAGGCAGUACCGCCUAGACAUGAAGCUCUUUUACUUGGAGGCCCCCGAGCACAAGAUCAACUGGGUCAAGCCGCGCGGCGAUUUGGUGUAG